CUUACGGUGAGGGCUCUGGUGCUGACUGUAGACAUCAUGUUCAAAAGUUAAAUCUACUGCAGGGACAUGUUUCAGAACUGUCACUCAGAACACAGAAAACAAGGGGAAGAGCUAAAAAGCCUCUAGAGAGAAGAGAACAGUAUCAUCCCCAUCUGUGGCUGAGGAAGCUGGGGUACAGUGAUGUGCGCACAGUCACACAUAGCUAGUCAUUGGCCAAGCCAGGAAGCAAGCCUCCCAUCUCUCAAGGUCAGGGGCCUGCCCCUCUGUCUGUGUCACGUUCCCCGCUGAUAGAGGGCUUCUUCCCCAGCAAGAGGAAAUGAACGGCCCCUCUGCCCAGAAUUCCGAACUGCCAGAAGAUAACUGGAUCACAUCAAGACAACAGAGAUGUCUGUCCCCAAGGUCCCCUAAACAGUCUUUGAUCUCCAUCAUCAAGUCCUUGCAUCCUGCUGAUUUCACAUCUUCCUUGUCCUUCGUCAUCCUGGUCAUUUACAAAGGACAUAUAUAUGAUAUUUCCCUAAGGUCUCUGGAAGGACCUGUAGGUGCCAGUGAGGAAGAACCUGUGGGUCAUCAGCAGGAUGAUAACGUGAGUCUACAGGAGAAACCACAGACCUCAGAGAGCCGCUGGCUGAAGUAUCUGGAAAAGGACUCCCAAAAACUGGAGCUGGAAAGAGUGUGUUUCGACAGACAGCCCUCAUCCAAAACAGAGCCAGACUGCCCUUUCAGUCAAGACCUGCCUAGAAAAAGGAAAUGGAGCCAGAGCACAGUCCAGCCUCCGUGCAGCUUUGAUGUCCAGGGCUUGGGCAACUCCGAGGUCACCUUGGAACCCCAGGGCUGUGCUGGCCUGAUCGGGAAGGUGAAACGAGACAGCCAGUGCCUCCAGAACUCUGUGGACUGCAGCACCAGUGAGCGUGGUGCUCAUCUGUGGGAACUACAGAGUGCUGCCCAGCGUGUCAAAACCAUACCUUCUGAAAGGACACGAAUUCUCCUGUCAACUGAGGACAGCUCACAUGUGGACACAGAGCCACAGAGACUACUACUACAACCUGUACCAGCUGGUCUGGUAUAGGUUGAGCAAGGGACCCGCAGGGCCCAGAGCCCAAGGGAAGGCCACACACACCCCCACAUCUGGAUCUGAGAGGCCCUGCUGGAAGGCCUCCACA